AUGAAAGGGUUGGGGACCAACCAUAAUAGACACCUGUCUGACUCCUGUGACCCAUCUUCAGGCCAUCCAGAGGCCCUCUACCCUCAGAAGACCAGCACCCUGCCACGCAGUCCUUACCUGCUGAGCCCCACAAUGGAGCACUAUGGCACCAUGGACCCCCACCUCUACCCCUCAGCCAACCCAGGCUCCCUUCCACCAGAAUACAUGCUGCCCCUCAACAACCAGCUGUCAAACAGCAGCACCUUCCCCAGGAUUCACUACAACUCCUAUGACCAAUCUGAUUUCUCUCCACCCGGAGACAGCAUUGGUGGAAUAAGUACAGGGACCAUGGGUACAUCCAUGUCUGUGGGCAUGGGAACAGGCAUGGGCAUGGCAGCGCUGAGUGGACGAACACCUAUGAUUACAAGUGGCUCAGCAACUAUAUCACAUCAUAUGACCAAGAAUCAGGCACCACCCAAUCUUCUGGAACAGUUUGAUAAACAGCUACCUGGUGGCCGGGAUGGAUUCAGCACAUUACAGUUCCAUCGAACAUCUGCAGUAGCUGCUGCCAAGCAGCGCACAGACAGUCCUGGUCGCAUUCGUUACAUGCUGCACUCAGUGCAGAAGCUCUUUGCAAAAUCCCAGUCACUUGAGAGCCAGAACAUGAAAGGAAAUAUCAAUGGACGCUCCACAGGCAGUGGUGGAGGCUCAUCUAGUACCGAAGAUGGAGGGAAGCAAAAUCGCAGAUCCAAAAGUAAAGAUCGUGGUACAAAAUCAGAGGCAACUUCCAAACGACGACCACGCUCUAACAUGUCAGGUUACUGGAGCUCAGAUGACUUAGACAGCAGUGAUUUGAGCAGUUACCAUAAUACAAUGACCAUGAUGACUCUGGGGCGUCCAACUGGCCAUGACAGUCAAGGGGGCCAGAGCAGAUACAUCCACAGUGGCUACAACACUAUCAGCUCCUCCAAAAGCAGCAAUGACAUGAAGUAUCAGACCCUCGCCGGGCCUGGGGGCGGAGGUGGACUUGGGGGACUUGCGGGACUUGGAGGAGCAGGAAGUAUGUUAAUGAAUGAUAGUGAUUAUAUGAAAGGAGGGUCCUGGUCCACAUUAACCAUGGGCCAACCGAGACAGGUGAUCCAGAAGGGCUCAGCCACUCUGGACAGGUCCAUGCUCAAGUCCAAAUCUUGCCAACAGGAGCUAACCUGCAACUACCUGCAGGUUGGAAGACGGGGGGAUUGGAGUAGCACAUUAGGCCGCAGUGGGGGUGCCAAUGAAAUUCCAUGUCGACGGAUGCGCAGUGGUAGCUAUGUGAAGGCCAUGGGAGACAUGGAAGACAGCGACGACUCGGAGGGGAGUCCCAAACCUUCACCAAAAACCGCUGCUCGUCGCCAGAGCUACCUCAGGGCUACACAGCAGUCUCUGAGCGACCAGCUACCCCCACGCAACAGAACCCUGGAUUACACCUUGUUGCAGGGGGAGCUGGAUGCCCUGUGGUCUCCACUCCACAGUGUGUCCUCUCUGCACCAGCUGGGCAGGUCAAUGAGCAGCUGUCUUCCGUCUCUCAGAGAGCUCUCCAAUAACCGCAGCCUGGACAACCUAGACUGUAUUGGGGGUACAGUCUCAUCUUUGCCACAAUGGGAUGAUGAUGACUUCAGCCAAGCCUGCAGCACCUUGGGCAGACGUAGCUGCAUGGGACAGCUACGGGACCUGGAUAUGAGUCAUCAUUAUGAGGACCGCAGCUCCGAGUCCACAUACAGAGGUUCCCGUUCCCAUUCUCAGGACAACUCAGAGCCUCCAGACUUGCCCAUGCCUACAUGCUUCCGAUCCCGCAGUCACAGCUACCUAAGAGCAAUCCAGGCUGGCUGUUCCCAAGAUGACGACACAGCAUCCAUAGACUCAGGCUCACCUCCUCCAAUUGACACCACUGUUCACACCUACAGCACCAGCACUGACGGCCUUUCUACACAGUGGAAGACAUGGAAAGAACAGUUUGGCUCUUACCUGAUAGCCACUGGCUUGGACAAAGCCCCAAAGGAGAAACAACUUGCAAUUUUUCUUCAACGGUUGGGGACAGACAGACCACACAUCCUACCCACACGCACAGUCUCUACAUGCAUAACCACCUGUAAGAAGGCUGCUCCUCCACCAGUGCCGCCCCGUACAACCUCCAAGCCCUACAUCUCUGUGACGGUACAGAGCAGCACAGAGUCAGCCCAGGACAACUACCUGGAUCAGCAGGAUCGUAGGUCAGAGGUCAACAGCCAGUCAAGCCACGCACAUAGCAACUCAUCUGACAGCCUUGACAGCACCCGUGCCAACAGCUUGGCCCGUGGAAUACCCCGCCCUCCACACAUCAUCCCCACUCCCAUCGCCACCCCGAGAGAGCCACUCGCCCCCGCCACUGCCAAUGCAGCCACUGAGACAAGUGACUCAGUACUCCAACAUGAUUCCCUGAAAUCACUAUUAAAUAAAGUGAAUCUAGUGGCAGAGGAGCCCCUAGUGGCCCCAGCACCCAGGCGUAAACUGUCAUCCAUUGGCAUACAGGUUGACUGUAUUCAGGAAGUUCCACGAGAAGAGACCCCACCACUGGCCAAAUUUCAGUCAAUUGGAGUACAGGUGGAGGACGGGUGGCAGCUCAGUCGCUCCAGUAGCAUGGCCUCAAAACAAGAAACAGAUUCAGACACACAAGAAAUUUCUGCCAUUUCCCAUAUCAAUAAUACCAAACCCACUCAGAAGAAAGUCAUGGUCAAUAGUGCCAGCCAAUCCAUGAGCUCCCCCCCUGGACAGGACUCAUUAGACAACGGAGGCACUACUGGUGACACCUCCUCACCUCCACCUCCAAGGCAGAUCCUCAACCGCUCCACCACACGAAGUAGCUCUUCCUCUUUCUCAGAAAGUCUGGACCCAGCGCUGGACCCCUCAUCACUACCACCUCCAGACCCCUGGCUGGAGAGUGGGAAUGGGAGUAACAGCGGCGCCCCCCAAACUGUAAGUGGGGGAACACUUUGUCGGAGAGAUGGCCACUGGUUCCUAAAGCUGCUGCAGGCCGAAACAGGACGGAUGGAAGGAUGGUGCCAGCAGAUGGAUCAGGAGACCAAAGACAACCAGCUCUCAGAGGAAGUGCUGGGCAAGGUCCGCAGUGCAGUUGGAAGCGCCCAGCUCUUAAUGUCCCAGAAGUUCCAGCAGUUCCGGGGACUGUGCGAACAAAACUUGAAUGUGAAUGCCAAUCCGAGGCCCACAGCCCAGGACCUGGCUGGUUUCUGGGACCUGCUGCAGCUCUCCAUCGAAGACAUCAGCCUCAAGUUCGAUGAGCUCUACCAUCUCAAGUCCAAUGACUGGCAGUCUGUGCCAUCUGCGGCUGCCCAGUCGCCCCCUGAGCGGAAGGACGAGGAGAACGUGGCCCCUCCGGCAUCAAAGAAGCCUGGUAAGGGAAGACCAUCGCUGGGCCGCGAGAAGAGCGCUGACUCCUCUUCCACCUCUUCUUCGGCCUCUGCAGAGAAGCAGAGACAGGAGGCUCGCAAGCGCCUGCUGGCUGCUAAGAAGGCUGCCUCAUUUCGCCAGAACUCGGCCACGGAGAGUGCAGACAGCAUUGAAAUCUAUGUCCCUGAGGCCCAGACACGCCUCUGAGAGACAGAGAGAGAAGGAUGUAAGGUUGGAUCAAAGGACAGAUAAGUGUCACUUAUAUACCUGGAGAAAGGAGAGGAAAACUUUUGCCAUGCAAAUGAGCUACUCUGAGUG